AUGUCUUUCAAGGAGAUCAAGGCAGGGGAAAAAGCCAAGCACCCAGAAGAUCAUGGCAAAAAACAGAGUUCAAGUUGGAUCAACGGAAUGGAGAAUAGCACACAAGCCAGCACUUCUGUCGAGAAAAGAAAUCACCACUGGAGAAGUUACAAAUUGAUUAUUGACCCAGCUCUGAAAAAAGGACAGCAUAAACUCUAUCGUUAUGAUGGGCAAAAUUUUAGCAUGCCUAACUCGGGAAUUGCCCCGGUGGAUUGUGUCAGAGAUCCCAGGAUAGGAAGAAUAUGGACCAAAACCAAGGAGUUGGAGCUUUCUGUUCCCAAAUUCAAGAUUGAUGAGUUUUACGUGGGGCCAGUGCCCCCCAAGCAGGUAACCUUUGCCAAGUUGAAUGACAACAUCCGUGAAAACUUUCUGACCGACAUGUGCAAGAAAUAUGGUGAAGUGGAAGAAGUAGAGAUUCUCUACAAUCCCAAGAAUAAGAAGCACCUGGGCAUUGCCAAAGUGAUCUUUGCCACAGUGAAGGGUGCCAGGGAAGCCGUCCAGCACCUGCACAACACAUCAGUCAUGGGCAACAUCAUCCACGUGGAACUGGAUACAAAAGGUGAAACCCGUAUGCGGUUCUAUGAACUGCUGGUUAAUGGUCUUUACACUCCGCAGACCCUUCCUGUAGGCAAUGAGCAGGAUGUCUCGCCACCUGUGAAUGAAACUCAGCAGUUGACUGAUUCUGUAAAACGUCUGAAAGACAGUAACCUUUCUUCUGCGGGAUCAUCCAUUACCCCAAACAGUAGCACCCCGUUUUCCCAUGAUACAGCCUAUUCCAGCAGUCGGCAAGACACCCCAAACUCGUAUAGCCAGUAUACCCCACAGUCCCAAGGAACCCCACUCACCCCACGACUGGGGACUCCGUUUUCCCAAGAUUCAACCUAUUCCAGUCGUCAAACGACACCAGCUUACCAUUACGGACAGGACUCUGGGUAUAAACCCAGGAGACAUGAAACAAAAUUUACAGAUGCCUAUAAUAGACGACCAGGACAUCACUAUGUCCAUAACUCGGCAGGUGUUUACAGAGGGUCAGAACAUCAGUUUAGCACGUUCAAGUCUCAUCAGCAAGAGCCAGUACAAUAUUCUCACACUCCUCCCUUGAGCCACUCUGGUUCUUCAAGUUAUAAAUCUGCCUUCUCUCCAUACCAAGCACCAGCUGUAUUUCCCCCAUCUGAUGAACAGCAGUAUCCCCAAACUUCCAGAGACACUGAGUACCGGAGACCUGCCCCGCCUCCAGCUGAGAUCUUAGUAGAAAGUAGUGCUGCUACGAAUAUUGAUUUUGUUCCUGUGAAAGAAAAACAGGAGGAACUCCCAUCCCUGCCACAGUCAAACUGUCUUACCGAACAAAGUACAGCAUCCUUCUCUCAGACUCCGGAAAGGAGUGAGACACCUGGCACCCCAACCAUGGAGUCUGAAAUGCAGCAUAACAGUUUAGACUCAAGGAUUGAGAUGCUCUUGAAAGAGCAGAGAACAAAGUUACCUUUUCUCAACGAACAUGAUUCGGACAAUGAGAUCCGAAUGGAAGGUAGCCCUAUCUCUUCCUCCUCCUCACAACUUUCUCCUAUCCCAUUGUAUGGCUCUAACUCUCAGCCCAGUUAUAGAGCUCAAACCCCCUCCUCACGUCCCUCCAGCACUGGCUUGGAGGACAUUAGUCCCACACCGUUACCAGAUUCUGAUGACGACGAGCCAAUCCCUGGGACAGCUCCUCUGAGUCAGAAUUCAAGAGGAACGUCAGAGGCCAGUAUGACUCCUAUUGAUCAGCUGAGUAGGACAUCCAAAGCUGAGACUUCUGAGACUAAAGAAAUGCUGCCUGGUGACCAGACACCAACAUCAGAAAAAAUGGAUGAGGGUCAGCAUUCUUCAGGGGAGGACAUGGAAAUAUCUGACGAUGAAAUGAAUUCUUCACCAAUCACCAGUGCAGAAUGUGCCAAAACUAUUGUGGUGAACUCCUCUGUUAGCAACUCUGCUGUGAUGGCUCAGUCGAUACCCAUGCCCCCACCAGGGUUCCCUCCACUUCCACCUCCACCCCCACCCCAACCAGGCUUUCCAAUGCCGCCACCUCUACCACCACCACCUCCACCAACUCAUCCAGCUGUCACCGUCCCACCACCUCCGCUUCCUGCGCCACCUGGAGUCCCACCACCUCAUAUCUUGCCUCCACUUCCUCCAUUCCAUCCUGGCAUGUUUCCUGUCAUGCAAGUGGAUAUGAUAAAUGUCCUGGGCAACCAGUGGGGCGGCAUGCCAAUGUCCUUUCAGAUGCAAACUCAAAUGCUGAGCCGCAUGAUGCAGGGGCAGAACACGUACCAGUACCCACCUUUUAUGGGAAGCCGGAUGCAGUUUGUGAAUCUUCCUCCCUACCGUCCCUUCUCGAUGGGGGCAGCUAUUGGCCGGGGGCAGCAAUGGCCGCCGCUGCCCAAGUUUGACCCCUCGGUCCCACCACCGGGUUAUGUGCCGAAGAAGGAGGAUCCGCACAAAGCUACUGUGGACGGUGUCCUCUUGGUGAUUGUGAAGGAAUUAAAAGCAAUUAUGAAAAGGGACUUGAACCGGAAAAUGGUCGAGGUGGUAGCAUUCAGAGCCUUCGAUGACUGGUGGGACAAGAAAGAACGUCUAGCAAAGGCAUCGCUCACUCCAGUGAAGUCUGGCGAAAAUAAAGAUGAGGAAAAACCAAAGCCAAAGGAUCGAAUUACAUCCUGCCUCCUGGAGAACUGGAACAAAGGAGAAGGGCUGGGCUACGAGGGAAUUGGUUUGGGCAUUGGGUUACGAGGGGCCAUUCGGCUGCCAUCUUUCAAGGUGAAGAGAAAGGAGCCGCCUGAAGCUGCCUCAGCAGGAGAUCAGAAGAGAAUCAGGCCCUCCACCUCUGUGGAUGAUGAAGAUGAAGAGUCAGAAAGGGACAGAGACAUGUCUGAUGUUACUUCAGACCUGUCUAAGAAGGAUGCAGAAGCAGUAGGCCUCCGAAGGAGACCAGCAAGACCAUUGGAGCUAGACAGUGAGGGGGAGGAAGGAGAUGAGACUUCAGGUAAAGAAGAAGAAUCCUGUUCUGAAAAGGAAGACGAGCAGGAGGAAGAGGGAGGAUUGGUGAAAGCAGCACCUGGCAAGGAGGAAGACGAGGAGGAGGAGGAAGACGAGGAAGAGGAGGAGGAAGAUGCUGACGAAGAGGAGGAAGAGGAUGAAGAUGAAGAAACAGGAGUAGAAACAAGUGAAAAGGAAGAUGAGCAGGACUCUGAAGAAGAAGAUGUAGUGAGUCCCACAUCUUCCAAAGCCGAAGUUGAAUCAUCAGAUGAAAGUGAGGACUCCUCAGAAUUUGAGUCGAGUUCUGACUCGGAUGAGGAGGAGGAAGAGGAGGAGGAGGAGGAGGAGGAGGAAGAGGUGGCGGCUGAAGACCAAGAUAGAGAAGCCAUGGCUGCUGAAAUAGAGCUUGAGUCUGCUAGUCAUGAACUAGCAGAUGAAGAAAAAGAGACCAUCCUGGAGCUGUUUCCAGUGGAUGACUAUAUGGAAGCAACAAGCCUGGCACUAGAGGCACCAGCUAUGGCAGUAAAAGAGGAAGAGAUGGAAGAAACCAAGCAACGGGAAGAUGAAAGUAGUGAAGUGCCAGAGGAAUCUACUGCUGCUGAAGGUUUGGUGGUCACGGAGAGAGACCAGGAAGUAAAGCUAAUGCCGUCCCCUAUAGGUGUAGCAGUGGAAGAGUCUGAACUGGAUAUUGAGCUGAAGCCUAAGGUAUUAGAGGGUCCAAAGCCUGAAUCUCAAGAUGAAGAAGAGAAUCUCUGUCUCCCAGCACCAGUGGUAUUUGAAGAACCUCUACCCAGUAAGAGUCGCUUCUUCAGUAAGUCUGAUGAUAGUGACUUAGAAGCCCGAGUUACAGGAAAACUACUAUCCACAGCAGAGGAGGAGGAGGAGAGACUGCCUUGGACUCCUGGACGGGACAUAGCGGUCCAUUCGGAUUCUGAUACUCCCAUACUUCCAGCGCAUAAGGUGCCACCCUCUACACUUCCCCUUCCAACAACGCCUAGUAAAGAGGAACCUUUACUCCCUCCAGAAAAUUUCCCUGAACAGUUAACUGUGACCAAAACAGCUCUGGAAGAGGAGCUUCCUAGGACUCCAGGGCGGGAUAUUAUGGCCAAGUCUUCACAUGGCUUUGCAAAGUCACAGAGUACAGACACUAUUCCAGCCACCCCUGGAAGUGAUGCUCCUCUUACGGGAAGCAGCUUGACUUUAAGUUCCCCUCAAGUCCCAGGCAGCCCUUUUUCAUAUCCAUCCCAGUCUCCUGGGAUUAAUAGUGGCAUUCCUCGGACUCCUGGGAGGGAUUUUAAUUUCACGCCAACUUUCCCAGAGCCUGGUGCAACUCUUCCUUGCCUUCUGUCUGGCAAGAAACCAUCAGAAGAUGAGCCAGAGGAGAAAUGUUUUAAAGAACCUCUUAGUGCUUCUCGAACGGUCAGCAUGAACAGUGUUCCCUCCCCAAUUCCCUUUGCUAGCCCUCCAGAAACUGAUUUCCACACAGACAUAGAUUUGCCACCUGACGAGCCAGUAUCUGUAGCAGCCCUGCCAUGUGUGCCAGUGGAUGGAAAGACAUCCAUAGAGGAGAGCAAGGUAGCCGUGAAAUCCGUUUUGCUCUCCCCAGAAGCGCCUACUGUCUCUCUUCCUCUCCCUCUCCCUCCUACUCCUUCCUCUCUGCCCACCAAAAGGAAACCAGGCCGGCCGAAACGAUCACCUCCUUCGGUCCUCUCGUUGGAGGCCUAUCCCAGCAAAACUUCAGAACCUCCUCCUGUCCCAGUUGCCUUGACUGAAAGUGCUGUUAGCAAAGAGUUGUUGGGCGGGCAUCCUGAUGCUUUUUAUGGACUGAAAGAUCCUGAAGCAGUCACCCUAGACUUCAGGAAUGACAGCUUCCACGAGAAGAUAACCCCGGAGGCCAUAGCAGAGAAACUUCCAUUUAAGGAACUAGAGAAUCAGUGGAAUGAGGACUUCAAAGAAGAGGAGAUUCACGUGAAACCUAAAAGACAGUGGCGGAGGCAGAAAAAGACACCUGAGGACAUCCCAGUGAUUCCUUCCCCUGAAUAUUCUCCACAUCGGCCCCACUUUAGGCCCCGCUCCGAGUUCGAGGAGAUGACCAUUUUGUAUGAUAUCUGGAAUGGAGGAAUAGAUGAGGAAGAUAUCAAGUUCAUGUGUAUCACGUAUGAUCGCUUGUUACAGCAAGAUAAUGGUAUGGACUGGCUCAACGAUACCCUUUGGGUAUACCAUCCUUCUACUAGCUUUUCUACCCCGAAGAAGAAGAAGCGGGAUGAUGGCAUGCGGGAACAUGUUACAGGUUGUGCACGAAGUGAAGGCUAUUACAAAAUAGAUAAGAAAGACAAACUUAAAUACCUCAACAAUAGUCGUGCAUUUGCAGAGGAGCCGCCAGCUGAUACACAAGGAAUGAGCAUCCCUGCCCAACCUCAUGCUUCCACCCGGGCUGGCUCUGAGAGGAGGUCAGAGCAACGCAGGCUUCUCUCAUCCUUCACUGGUAGCUGUGACAGCGACCUACUCAAAUUUAACCAACUGAAGUUCCGGAAGAAAAAGCUAAAAUUCUGCAAGAGUCACAUUCAUGACUGGGGCCUUUUUGCUAUGGAGCCCAUUGCAGCUGACGAGAUGGUGAUUGAAUAUGUGGGUCAGAACAUCAGACAGGUCAUUGCAGACAUGCGAGAGAAACGAUACGAGGAUGAAGGCAUUGGGAGCAGUUACAUGUUCAGGGUCGACCAUGACACCAUCAUUGAUGCAACAAAAUGUGGAAACUUUGCCAGGUUUAUUAAUCAUAGCUGCAAUCCAAAUUGUUAUGCUAAAGUCAUCACCGUGGAGUCUCAGAAGAAGAUUGUCAUCUACUCCAAGCAGCACAUCAACGUGAAUGAGGAAAUUACUUACGACUACAAGUUUCCGAUCGAGGAUGUGAAGAUCCCAUGUCUGUGCGGCUCUGAGAACUGCAGGGGGACCCUGAACUAAUCCCGAGGCUUCUCGUCACACUUGCACCUUCGGCCAUGUCAGAACUGCAGUAACCAGGUGUGGUUGCACUUUGCCAAAAAAAAAAAAAAAAAAAAAAAAAGAAGAAGAAGAGAAGAAAACCAAGCAAGUUUCGCACUUCUGUCAGGAUCACAAGUGAAAGCAAAAAGCGCACAUGCAUAACUAGGACUGUUCACGUUUCAGGUGCUCUUCCUCGUCAGAUCCAACACACACAAAAGGUGAUUACCACUUUGUGGCAUAGUAUAUCCAAACACUAGCUUCUCUCUGUUCAGUCUCUAUAUUAUUGCUCAUAGUACGAUAAUGGUACCUUUGUUGUUGUUGUUGUUUUUGUUGUAAACCUUUGUCUUUCCAUAAAUGCUGCUACCUUUUUCUCAUCAGUUUGUUGUUUGAAAAAGACAUUCAACGUUUAAAUGUGAAGCAGAGACUGAAAAUGCCAUAAAGGUUUGUUGGGAGCUUGAUUGGCUGAAAUUGCACAGACUUUUCAGAGUAAGCUGUAAAUAAAUGUAUGGUUGAUGUUACUGAGCAAGCCAGAGGCUUGGGUGCAAGAGUGUGAGAGUGUGUGUGCGUGUGUGUAUGCUUGGGUGUGUCUACAAUGAGACUAUAAAUGAACUGUCCUGCCUUUUCCUUAGAGAUGGGCCUGAUCAAUUCCUCUGACCCAAACAUCCUGGAAAGCUGGGGAACAUUCAGCUCUGUAAUGGACCUGAACUUAAUGCCUUAGGCUCACCUCUAAUUUUCACAUGCCAUGCUGGUAUUUUGGGGGGAUCAAUAGCUCUAUUACCAUACAGAAAAAAUACUUAAUACCACAAUCUGCAUAAUUAAUAAGUUUAAUCAGUUACUUCGUCCUUCCUUGCAAAAGGUGGCUUGAUAAAUGGCCUUUUCUGUAUCUACAUUUCUGGUGGAUCUAUUCCUCUUUCAUUCAAAAUACUGAGGCUGAAAUUAAAUGAUCAGUACAGUCAUUGUUUAUGCUGUAGAAUUCUUACUGUCUUUUAAGCAUACACUACUAGAACAGUUCAUAGAAGAUGGCACUGAGAUUUCUUUCCCUGUAAGAAACCAACCGCUGGGUUUCUUUUGUUGUUUAUUUCCAACUUCGCCUCCUGACACGCAGCCUCUUUUCCCUCCCUGCCAUGACUUUUCAGUCAGACUGUUUGCUUUGCACUUGUAUGGGUGAGAUUCUUGUUCUACUACUAAAGGGCUCUAUUCUGCCACUCUCACUCACACUGAGCAGUACCUGAAAUUAGUCCCAUUCAUUUCAAUAGGACUAAUUAUGGAGUAAGGCACUGCUCAAAGUGCAUGAGGGUAUCCGAGUCUGUCCCAAACUGCGUACAGUAUGAAAAUUGGUUUUUAAAAAAGUUUAACUUCCAAAUAAAAACAUUCUUUUCCUUUUAGAAAACAUGUUAUCACUGUAAGCUUAGGUUGUAAUGAAAUCCUCGGUUUUAUAGUAGGGGUUCCAUUUCAAAUGAGCCAGAAUCCAAUGCAAGUAUUUAUUUUGAUCUGAAAUAUUAUUUGGCCACUCGAAGGUAAGCAGAUCAGUCUUUCAAAACGUAUUCAAUUCCUCCUGCUUACAAGUGGAACUUAGUUGUACUAAGCCAUUUAAAAAAAAACACACACAAUUUGUAGAGGGGAAAAUGGUACUGUUAUCACAGUAACUAAAAAUCUUUUCCCUUUCGAGUAACUUGGACAGCUGAGUUCAUACUCUCUUCUGUCUAGUGACGAUUACUGCCUGAUCAUGCUUCAAUGAUCAGAAGUUGGAAUCUUGGAAAUGAGUUUUUUAGGAGUUAUUUAUACUGCAUAUAUAUUUGCCAGGACUGUAUUACAGUAUGUAGCAUGUAAUAUGGGGUAGACUUCUAUAUUUCAUUUCUUUUUCAAGCAAAAGGCCUAGAGGAGCUGGAACAUAUGACUGAUACAAGCUGCCUUAAUAUUAUCUGCAUUUCUAGCUGAGGAUAGUUACAUUGUCCCUGAGAUUGGACAUGCAAUAGUCUCUCCUUUUUAUUUCUUUUGUUUUUGUUUUGGUGAUUUUUUCCCCCAGUAAAUGCUUUCUGAAAAUCUCCUCAACAGUGGGUAUCUGUGACCCAAAGACAUAAAUUUAUUAGAAGCACAAGUGGUUUCUGUCUUUGAGAGCUGGUUAUAACUACAGAUUCGUUGGGAGCAUUUUGGAAUUAAGCCAACUGCUCCUUUAUUUGUUUGAAUAUGAUUCUUCCUUUCAUACUGUAUCUCCAGUUGGCAUGUCUAAGGCUUUGGGGAAUGCACUAAAGCUUUGUGUUUCAGAACUAAAGUUCUGAAUAUCAAACCCAUAUUAAUUUCUCUGCCUUCUUCCUUUCCAUCCCUUCAAACUACUGUAUCAACGUUGGUUUCUUACAAAUACAUUGUCCAGUUUGAAUAUACAAUACGUUUCCUAUGACACUGAUGACCCCAGUGGAUUGUGAGGGAUGAUAGGGUGGCCACAUGCAAUUGCCUUUGUCUUUAUUAUGGAGAAGCAGCCUAUAGAGACUCUGGCCAAGAUUAAAAAAAUGAGACUAAUAUUAGUUUCCAAGGGUGAAAUUUUCAAAAGUGCUGAAGUACCUUUACCUUCUAAGUCACUCUGGCACUUUUGAAAAUGUUUCCCUAAAUCCCUAUUUAGACUCUUAAAUAACUGCUCUGACUUUUCCAACGUGUUCAGUGCCCAGCUGUUUCCAUGGGGGCAGCUGAGUGCGCAGCACUUUUGAAAAAGCAGGUUACGUAUUUCAGAGUCUAAAUAUGAGCGUAGAAGCCGGACUUCAUGCUGCUUUGUUUGUUUGUUUCCCUUCAGAAUCUUGGCUUGCAGGGCCCAGUAUGCAAAGCUUCCAUCUUGAAUUGAGCAGCCUCUGAGUGGGCCAGGAUGGAGUAUUUGAUGGUGGGACUUGUAGUCUCCAAAGGAUGUCUCAGCUGACAUUAAAUGGGUGGCAGCAAUGGCCUCCAUUUUAUGCAUACUAGUUUUGGCUGCCUCAUUCCUGGCAAGUCACUCACAUGGUCUUGGUUGGGCAAUGUCUGGGCACUCUGUAGAUACAAAUAUGUAUUUGGGCUGCUGUACCAGUUACACAUUUAUGACUCUUCCUAGUUACGAAGGCCGGUAGCCUACAAAACCUGAGAUUGUAGAGCAGAAUGGAGAGACCAUAGUGUGUAAGGUAUAGACAUCAGCCCAAGGCUGGCACAGCCUCAUGCCCUGCUAAACUGGGUGUUGCCAUAGCCAUUAAAAGCUCAUUGUAAUGUGGAAAGUUUUCAAGGAGGGGAGAAGAACUAAAAUUAAAGCUUGCCAAGCCUUCUUUGUGGGGGUAUUUACAGAAGAAUUUUUCUGUAUGUCAUUGAAGACCAUAUCCUUAAUUCUGCUUGGGCUUACAUUAACAACAAACAACAAGAUUGACUGUGUUCCCUGUUAAAUUUUCUCCCCUGAAACUGAAUCACUUUAAUGCGCCUGCUACGUGAAACAAUCCCAGAAAAUAACACAAAAGUUGUGGAAAUGUAGUUGCAAGCCUUAUUAUUGUCCCCAAGCGUGAAUGAGGUGGCUUUAGUUAUGUUUGUAAAUGCCUUAGAAAUCGGCAUAUAUAGUAAGUGCCCUCUCUGCUUGAAAACCUGCAUGUCCUGCCUGCCCUGUUCAUUUAUCUGUCAGUUUCACACCAAUAUUUUCCAAUUCCAGAACUAUGUUGGGUCCCAUAAGUAAUCUGUAACUAUCAAGGGGUGGGAAGGGGGGGCUCAUCUUGCAGAUAUUUAUAUUGUACAGAACAGCUUAUUUCUACAAGAAAAACAUUUUUAAACUCUGACAAUGUAAACAGUAGAUUCAGUUCUGGUUUUUGUGACCUUUUUCAGGGAUCAUUUCAGUGCAUUUCUAUAUAAAAUAAAAAUUUAAGGAAAAAAGGAUUUUGAAGUUUAAAAAAAUGCAUCUUCUGUACAUAGGCAAACUUAAGAAUCUUCUCUUCAGACACUGUUUCUUGUAGAAACAUGUUGAAUUUUUUUGCUGAUUUCUUUGUACUUCAAGAGCAUGUAAAUAAUUUAUUAAAAGUGACUAUUGUAAUUUUGGAGUUCUUUUUAAAAAGAAGAUUCCAGCUCUAACUCAUGUCAGGAAGACGGGGGAGGGAGAAGGAAUGCAUAUAGAAAAGGAGCUGGUGGCAUUUACAGCUUGUGUCAAGCUUUGUAUAAUGUAAAUUCUGUAUAAAUAUUUUUUUUUGGUCAAAUAAGUAGAUGAAAUUAGAAGCAUUAAGAAACUGAAGACAAAAGAAUGCCAAGUGGAGGCUUUUUUUUUUUUUUUUCCCAGUCUGAAACCUAAUGUGCAAAAUCUAUUUAUUUCAAGCGAGGAAAUAUGUACAGUCUAUUAAUAGACAACCUAAAAUGUAUUUAAGCAAAUCUGCAUCUGGAUUUUUUUCAAUUUAGUGUUUUGUUUUUAUAAAUUUCCUCUUUAAUUGCAAUUGUAAUAUUUGUACAAGUGAAAAGAAACACAUUGUAAAGGACACUCUAAUCCAAUCGGCAGUUUUAAAAACAAAACCUAAAAAGCUGCCCUCAUUCCUUGCUGUUUCAUGGCUUCUGUAAACAGGUUGUUUUAAUUCACAGUGUGAAGGUUAAGGGCCUCCUUUAAAAGGAGGCAGGUAAAAUGGUUUGCAAUAAAUGAAAAUUCUGCUUUUUUUUUUUUUUUUUUUUUUU